AUGAACGACGAGACUCCUACACAGUUCGAGGAAGAAAUUGUAUCAGUUGUGACAGGUCCCAUCAGUCGAGAAAUACUGCAGGAGAAGGUAACAGAGGACUCAACGCUUCAAAGAAUCAAGAAGUACGUCGCAGACGGUUGGCCGUCUAAGCAGUGCUUGGAAGACCAAGAUAUUCCUUACUUUCACGUAAGAGAAGAACUGUCCUGCAUUGAAGACAUACUUCUCCGGGAAGACCGAAUAGUCGUAUCAACAGCACUUACAGAAGCGAUAGUACAAAAUGCUCAUGAGUCUCAUCCAGGCAUAGUGAAAACAAAACAAAGAUUACGAGACAUCUUUUGGUGGCCUCGCAUGGAUGCGCAAGUGGAACAUGUGGUACGCAGUUGUGGAAUCUGCCAAGCCGCGGAUAAAACUGCCAAACCGCGAACCCAACCGCUGACUCCCGUACCAUUUCCAAGUAUGCCGUGGGAGAAGCUUGCAAUAGACAUCACCGGGCCACUCGAGAAGGCAUCACCAGAUUGCAGAUUUGCGGUAACACUCGUGGACUAUUACAGUAAGUGGCCAGAAGUAUUCUUCUCCGCUUCUGUCACGUCAGUCACUGUUAUCACCUUUCUACAGCAAGUGUUCAGCAGAGAGGGAUAUCCACAAGAAAUAGUCUCUGAUAACGAGUCACAGUUCAAGUCAAGUGAAUUUGAGAACUUUCUGAAAGAGCGAGGAAUUAAACAUCUCUGCUCCUCUUUGUACUACCCGCAAGGGAACGGAUUAGUGGAACGGUUCAACCGCACUUUCAAACAGUAUGUCCAACUGGCAUCUUUGGAACGGAUACCCCUGCGCACGGCUGUUACAGAGUACCUCGGCGUGUUCAGAACUAUUCCCCAUAGCACCACUGGUCAGUCUCCAGCGAAACUGCUACAUGGAAGACAGCCACGUACGAGGCUAGACAUUGUUGGAAUCCCGACUCGUCAAGAUCCAACAGAAACAUUGCAAGCGUUAAGAGAACACGUGGAGCAGAAACAACAGUAUAUGAAGAGGAUCACAGACGAAAGACGUCGAGCAAAAACCACUACUUUUCGUCCUGAUGACCUCGUACGCAUUCGAAUUAAGCCACGUUUCAAAGCAGAACCAACGUACUCGAAGCCGGUCAAGAUACUGAAACAGUGCGGGAAGAACUGA